CCCUCAAGGUUAUAGCAGGGUGUAACAUGUAAGAGGGAAGAAUGUUGUCAGACGUGACAACCGCCGGCAGGAUGCACCUAGCCGACUUUGUGUCUGGAUCGUUUGCAGGAGCCUGUGGGGUUGUGGUGGGCUACCCUCUAGACACUGUGAAGGUACGGAUCCAAACCCACAACCAGUUUACAGGAAUAUGGCAAUGUGCUGCUUCCACAUUUUCAAAGGAAGGAGUGCACGGCUUCUUCAAAGGCAUGACCUUACCCAUUACCACCAUUUCCAUGACUUCCUCGGUGGUGUUUGGCACAUACAGGAACUGCCUGCAGUGUCUGAGCCAGGCACGAGGAGCUGGUUGUGGUCCGAACACCAAACCAGAAGUCUUCCUGUCAGGUUUUGCUAGCGGUGUAGCUCAGUCUUCAGUGAUGGCCCCAGGCGACAUUGUGAAAGUACGACUUCAGUGUCAAACAGAACCCAAGCGAGGAGGAGCCAGCAUGCCCAAACCCAAGUACCGCGGCCCAGUUCACUGUCUGCUGCGCAUUAUCAAAGAAGAGGGAUUCCUGGGGCUCUACAAGGGAGUGGUUCCGAUUAUGCUAAGAGACGGUCCAUCAUAUUCCAUUUACUUUUUGACGUACACCACUAUCUGUGGAUGGCUAACAAAAAGUGGCAAGAAAAGACCUGAUUGGAGUGGCGUUAUGUUGGCAGGUGGAAUAGCAGGGAUGGCAGCUUGGUUCGUAGCGACACCCAUGGAUGUGAUCAAAGCGCGUCUGCAGAUGGACGGAGUCCGGGGGACGAAGCGAUUCAAAGGUUUAUUCCACUGCUUUACAGAGACGGUGCGCGUGGAAGGAAGUGGGGUUUUCUUCAGGAGCUUGGGCAUCAACUGUCUGCGAGCGUUCCCGGCUAACAUGAUCAUAUUAACUGUGUACGAGGUUCUCACCAGCUUACUCCGAGCUGAACCACACAGUGUUGGACCAUUCAACUGAACGGUACUGAUGGUGUGUCAUAGUCUGUUACACUGUUUUUGUCUGUGUGUUUAAUGUCUCUUCCAUUGCAGUAUUUGUUUUUUAAAGCAAUAUUAUUCUCACGGUUAACAUUCGUUUUUUUUUUCCGCUACAUAUACAUAAAAUAUUUAGGUAGUGAAGGUAAUAUAUGUUAGUAUGCUCAGGGGUAACUUGUUAAUAACAGAUACUGGACCAGCAGCCAAACACUAGAUGGCCCCCCUUGCCAGUUUUUAUUUUAUUUUUUUGGCUUCUCUGUUACUGACAACAAAAAAACCAUCAGCAUGGCUGGUGUCAAGAAACGGCAAAGCUUUUUAUGAUUCAAAUUGACUGUUUAAGACCUUGAAUGUAGAAUUCACAAAUGAGCUAUAUUGUACGCACAGUAAUAAAAAUAAUAAUAAAAAGAUUUAUUUAUU